AUGGAUAGCAUAAAAAGGAGCUUGGGCUUUGAGGGAUUAAUUGUUGUGGACUCUAUUGGGCAAAGUGGUGGGCUUGCCUUUCUUUGGAGGCAUCAAGAAGAGGCCCAACUUCUUUCAUUCAGCCAUUCUCAUAUUGACCUGCUCCUCUCUUCACGUGGUCUUCCUGAAUAUCGUAUUACAGGUCUAUAUGGGGAACCUAACAGAGCUAGAAGACACAAUACCUGGAGAUUGUUAGAAACUCUGGCCGAUCAUUCUUCCACUCCCUGUUGGUUGAAUCUUUUCCCCCAAGCUUCUCUGUCAAAUCUCGAAGUCACUACGUCCGACCACUGCCCUAUACUUCUCUCCCCUACAGCAGUUCGUAGAAUGCCCACUAUUCGCCAUUUUCGCUUUGAGAAUGCCUGGUUACGCGAACCAAUGUGUAGAAAAAUGGUGGAAGAUGUUUGGCACUCUCAUUCGGCUGUACCUCUCCUUUCGAAGCUUGAUAUUUGUGCAAGGGAGCUGGCGGUCUGGGGCAAGGAUAUUACAGGGUCUUUCCAAAAGCGUAUUAACGAAUGUCAGUGGAGAAUCAAGCUUCUCAAAAUGAAUACUGAUGCCAACUCUUGCCGUUUGCUGAAUGAAGAGAACAACAAGCUCUUCGAAAUCCUCACUCAGAAGGAGGUCUUUUGGAGGCAGAGAUCUAAGAUGCUAUGGCUCAAAGAAGGUGACAACAAUUCCAAAUUUUUCCAUGCGGCUUCCAGAUCUAGAAAGCGGGCCAACCAGAUAGAAAGUCUUCGUAAUAGUACAGGAAUAUUUGUGGAUUGGGACCAUGGGCUUCAGGAGGUCAUGGUAGAUUACUUUCAGCAGCUCUUUCAGUCUUCGGCCUCAGAUUGGGAGUUUGCUAUUAACUGCAUUAAUCGGUCCAUAUCAAUUGAACAAAAUGAUAUGAUGUUGCAACCGAUUAUGGAAGAUGAGGUGAAAAGGGCUUUGUUUUCUAUGCAUCCAGAUAAAUCUCCAGGCCCGGAUGGUAUGACUCCGGGCUUUUACCAAAGAUAUUGGGAUGUUGUUGGCGGUGAUGUUGUUCGUUUGGUACGUGACUUUUGGGACAAAGAAGUGUUUGAUGAGGGGCUUACAUUUACGAAUAUUGUCUUAGUUCCAAAGAAGAAAUGUCCUGUGACUAUGGGAGACCUUCACCCUAUAUCGUUGUGUAAUGUCCUAUAUAAAAUUGCUUCUAAAGUCCUUGCUAAUAGAAUGAAAUGUGUUAUUGACUCUGUUAUUUCAGAAUCGCAGUCUGCUUUUAUUCCAGGAAGAUUGAUCACAGAUAAUGUCAUGAUUUCUUAUGAAAUUAUGCAUUUCAUGAAAAGGAAGACCAAGGGGAAGCAAGGUUAUAUGGCGCUCAAGUUGGAUAUGAGCAAGGCAUAUGAUCGGGUAGAGUGGUCCUACUUGCAGGCUGUCUUGCGACGGAUGGGUUUUUCAGAUAAGUUGAUCAGACUCUUUAUGGUUUGUGUCUCGACUGCGAGCGGAUUUGGAGCAAGCGUUGAGAAAGCCUCUGGUCAGAAAAUUAAUUGCGAAAAAUCGUCGAUAUUCUUUAGUAGAAAUACGGAGGCAAGGGUUCGUGAUGAAGUUUGUGGAGAGCUGGACAUUCAUGAGGCUGAUGAUAACACAACGUAUUUGGGAUUGCCAAGUUUACUAGGUCGCAAGAAAUCCUCUCUUUUGGGAUAUCUAAACGACCGUAUUCAACAUCGAGUUCUUGGGUGGGAGAAUAAGUUUCUAUCAAGGGCUGGAAAGGAGAUUUUAUUAAAAACUGUGGCACAGGCCCUGCCUAAUUAUGCCAUGAAUGUAUUCUUGCUGCCGAAGGAGAUUUCAAACGAUUUACAGAAGACAAUGAGCAAUUUUUGGUGGAAGUCAUCAUCAAAGAAAAAAAGGGGAAUUCAUUGGCUGAGUUGGGAGAGGCUGUGUAUCCCUAAGUCUAUGGGUGGAUUGGGUUUUCGUAAUUUGUAUGAUUUUAAUAUUUCUCUCCUCGGAAAACAGUGUUGGAGGCUUCUUACUAGCCCAGAAUCUUUGGUGAGUAGGUUGUACAAGACGCGUUAUUAUCCCCUUGGUUCCUUCUUGAAUGCCAAAUUGGGUAAUAACCCCAGUUACAUUUGGCGAAGCCUUUUGGAAGCACAAUCAAUUAUUCAACAGGGGACUUCUGUAUGUGUAGGAUCGGGUAAUACAGUGUCCAUUUUAGCAGACCCGUGGCUUCCUUGUCUGGAAGACCCCCUCGUUCAAUCGUCUCAUCCAACUCUGGUGAACCAAUCGGUGGACUCCCUUAUGAUUCCUGGUCAAGCUGCUUGGGAUGAGGAGUUGGUGUUGGAUCUUUUUAAUGCACGGGACGCUGAUCUUAUACUGGGUAUUCCGCUCAAUGGAGAGGAGUCUGAUCGGUGGUCCUGGAGAUUUGAUAAAAUGGGUAUGUAUUCUGUAAAGUCUGCGUAUUCUCAGAUUCAGUUAUCCAAAAACAUUUCCUCUACAUCUGAUAACUCAGGUUUCUGGCAUAAACUUUGGCAUCUAAAAGUGUCGCCCAAGGUCAGAUCUUUCCUAUGGCAAGCUUCGCGUGAUAUCCUCCCCACCAAAGUCAAUCUUUCUACAAAGCAUGUUCCUCUCAAUCCCCUCUGCCCAUUGUGUAAUCUGAUCUAUGAAUUGACAAUGCACGUGCUUGUUACUUGUUCCUUCUCAUCUGUCUGCUGGGAUAAUAUUGGCUUCAGAUUUGAUUCUCGGAGACUGGGUUCUUUUGCUGAGUUCAUUGAGUCUACUUUUGAAGAGUGGUCUGAAGAAAAUCGCGUGCUUUUUGCUAUGGUUUCUUGGGCUCUCUGGAAGAAUAGGAAUGAUUUGGUGUGGAAACAAAAAGGGAUGACUAUGGAAGAGGUUAUUGACCAAGAUGACGGUAAUGCAGAUUGGAUUCCCCCAGAAGAAGGAUGCCUUAAAGUUAACACAGAUGCUGGACUCUUUGUAUCUAAAGGGUGUUAUAGUUUUUCCUGUGUGGCUCGUAAUCAUCAUGGUCAGUGGGUUGAAGCCAUUUUCCAGUGCAGAAGGGGCAAUGUCACUCCUGAGUUGGCCGAAGCUAUUGCCAUCAAGGAGGCGCUCAGCUGGAUCAAGGACUCGGGAUGGCAGAAGGUGACUCUUGAGUCCGAUUGUCUACUGGUUGUGCAAGCAUUGCGUAGUCCUUCUCAUCGUAGUUCAUACUUUGGUCGUAUCAUUGAUGUUUGUAAAAGUCUGCUUGCUUCUAUUAAACCAAGAGUUGUUAAUGUUAAGUUCAUUAAGCGUUCAGCUAACAAUGUAGCUCACUCUCUUGCUAGAUCUACUUGUUACCCCUCUGAACGUAAGAUGAGGGCUUUAGAAGCUCCGUCUGACCUUUCAGCUUUGUUGUUACAGGAUAUUUGCUAUGAAUAA